AAGAUUAUCCCACGGAUUCCUUUAUCUUACCCACUGCUGGAGAAACAUUAAAGAAGGUGGUGGUGGAGGAGGAGGAGGAGGAGGAGGAGGAGGAGCAGGAGGAGACUCUGGGUCACGAGGGGUAGGGUCUGACAGAGUGACUGAGUGAAAAAGGGGAGGAGGGGUUCACCUGUGGAUGUGUAUGGGGGAAAAGAGACACUAUUGCCGAAGCUUGUUUCCUUUCAAGGUCCCACACAGACACUGAAAUGACUGCGUGCCGACAUUAGAAAAAGGAAGAAAAGACAGAGACAGAGAGGGCUGGGAAGGACUGCUGGUACUAAAGGAAAAUCAACAAAAGAAUACAAAUUCUGCCUUCAACUCUCCUCACAGGUUUUCCAUGGCAGAGAUUGGGUGCCCUGUGUCUGAACCGUUUCCACCCAGGAGCACUAUCCCAUCCAACCCUACUGUCACUAAUGAGAUUAUUAAUCCAUGUUCUACUGAACUGCAGGACCUCCAGCCUGAGGAGCUACAGAAGAGUUCUUGUGAAGUACCAUGCUCUAAAACCAUUCUGGAAGACAGAGUUUAUAUAAAAGAAAAAGGCAAAUGUCUUCACAAUGCACCACGUCCCCACAGUAUUGCAGAGGUUCACAUAACCAAUGAAGCAGGUGUACAGAUAGCAUCUGGUGUGAACCCUCAGAUUGAACAGGCGUCAUUGGUGCUCCAAGAAAAUGCCUCCUUUCUACAUAGACACCUAACAGACGAGAACCUGUCCCUAACCAACCAGAGGAGUCAUUCACAUACCCUUCAAAUACAGCAAAAUGACCAAAUUCAUCCUCUUCACAGUGAAACAAUUGAACCUACUUCUUUGAAUAGGAACCGAGAAGCAUUACUAUUGUCCUUAGCUUGUAAGGAGGCCAUGCAUACACAGCAAAGCAGAACCGUCACCACUUUCAGCAGAGCAGCAAACAGCCCAAUCCAGGCAAGUUCUGUUCAGAUUUGCACGUCUGGUUGUGCUCAGACAUCAGGAGAGUUUACCAGAGAUAUUAAACCCACUAGGUUUGAAGCGACUGCUUGCUGCAGCCCAUACCAUCAUGUAGCUGUUGAGGACACGUUCGCUGCCUACUGUCACCCCCAGCCCAUACCUGCUCCUGCCCAAGUUUUACCAAGACUAAUGAACAUGGAUGGAGACUGCAAGGUGCAGAAAGCAGGACCAACUUUGUUAUCUCUUCCCCCACUUGUUUCCUCUGUCAGUGAGACAAGACUGGAUUCUAAAAGGCUGGUCCACUGUUGCAGCCUGGACUGUAAGUGGUCUGGUCCUUUGUGCCAAGCCGGGGGUCAGGUGCAAUCGGUGAAAGAGGUAAGAAAAAUGAGAGAUGCAGGGACUAUGACCUCCUGCAGGGAGUUAAAGGACAUAGGGGUGCAAGUGGGUCAGAACUCAGAAAAGUCACCUCAACAUGUCUUUCCAAAAGUGUGUCUGGUGGACAAGAAGGAGAUUGGAAAUGACAAGCUUACAGGGGAUCAAAAAAAUCCAGUAAAGGAUGUGAAGUGGGACUCAGAAGGCAUGACAUGGGAGGUCUAUGGUGCCUCAGUGGACCCUGAGGAACUGGGCUUAGCUAUUCAAAAGCACUUGGAGCUGCAGAUCAAGGAGGCAGCAGGAGGAGCAACAAGGAUCUCACAGAAGAACACAGCCACCUCUAAGCUGGAAAUUGAGCAAAGGAAACCCAAGAGGAAGGGGGGAGUAAUGGCAGCUCUUCGUCCUUCAGUAUGUUGUAGCCGCACCUCUACUGCAGUGGACUAACAACCAAACCUGGGUUUUGUAUUUUCGAGCAUCAUAGAUUUCUCAGAACUAUACACAGUGGCUAAUAUUAGAAGUAGUACUGUACACUGGAUGAGAAAGAACAUGUGCCUAAGUCUUCCUUUCAUUUUCAAAACUUCAUGGAUUGCUUUGGAAAACUUUAUUGACCUUAAGGGCUAUUUGUUUUGGGUGUACUUGUACAGUAGCCAUUUGUCUAUCUAUCAUUGUAGCACUUUAUUUCUUACUGCAGUACAAAAAAAUCUCCCAUCAUUCUUAAGCAGCAGUAUAAUAACUUUACUAGGCUAAGACUGCAAUGGAUAUGACAGAAUGCACAAACCCACUUGUGAGCCUGUGACCAUCUGACACCUAGUGACUCUCAACUAAAGUAAAAUAUCUCAGCUGAUAAUGCAAGUAAGAUCGCAGGCUAUGGUCAUAGUACCAGAACUGGCAGAGGCUGACAAGAGUGACCUUGUUAAUUGUAAAUUGGUAGUUGGCAUUACCAAUUUCUACAAUCCUGUCAAACCAAUGGGUCUUCCCAAAGAACAAGGCCCUUAAUCCUUAAAAGUACCAGGGGUACCAAAGAAACUAAUACUGAGUUUUGACCCUGUGCUUCCUUGGAGAAGUAUGCUAAGAGAAAAGCCCUAUGUAGCAAUACAAUGUCCAAUAACGAAUCACUGAUAUUCUAGAGAGUUUUAUAGUGUUCUAAGAAAUGUCUGAAACAAGACACAAUUCUUUGAAUAGACAAGAAAUAAUAAAGAACAGCAGAUAAAGACUUGAAAUAAUGAAAGUUCAAGAAAACCCAGAUUUUCAGAGCAAGAGCUCCAUUAGGGGAUCUAAAACAUAUCUUUAAGUAAACUAGAUGCAAGUUCUGAGGAAGCCCUAAGUGGGAUUAAGAUUCCUUUAAUUUUCUUUGACUAAUUGAGAUACUAAGAAUAUUAUAGUGGGCAUCAGUCUAUAUUCACAUUCAGUUAGAAAAAUGCUGAAAAGAUCAGAGCAGUUUUACUUUUGUACUCAUGUAUUUUUGCUCAUUACAACUGCAUCCUUUCUAGUGACCUCAGGUUGAUUUCUUUUGUCAUAUUUUAUAUAUAUAUAUAUAUAUAUGUAUAUAUAUAUAUAUAUAUAUAUAUAUAUAUAUAUAUAUAUAUAUAUAUAUAUAAAACCUAAAAUAUUCAAUGUAUUCGUAGGCAUGUCAUACAGUACAAUGAAUGACACUCUCUUCCAUGUAUCCAAACAAUAUGAGCAAUUUAUACUAAUAUUCACAAGAAUCAAAAAGUGCAGAUUGUGAGACUUGUGUAAAAAGAAAAAAAUCUUGUUUUUUUUUCUUAAGUAUAUAAGGAUUUCAGCGCUAUCUUUAAAAAAAUUAGAUCAAAAAUGUAUUGUGUGUAGCACACUGUGAUGAAACACCACAUAAGAGCUCAAUUGUUCCACCAUUUCCUGGUCUGAAUGUCUCUCUGUCUUUCAUUUUGUCUGGGAUUACAAUGGUAUGAAGAUAGUGAAGAGUAGUAUGAAGAGUGUACUCCGAUUGACCAUGUUAUUACUACAACUACUGUUAAACUAAACAGAACAUUCAGUCGGUGUUGUUUGGGGAAAAAAGUCCUUUAACAAAAAAACAAUGUUUAUAUUUUGGAUGUAUUUAUAUUCUAUACCUAUAUUAAACACCUAACAGCAGUAUAAUAUGGAUGAAAAUGAAAAUAAAAUAAAAAACUGAAAGACUAACACAACUGACAUUAAAAUGAACUAAUGAGCCUAAUGUAAAGUAAAUUCUAGUGAAAUUAUUUUAAUGGUGACAAGAACUGGGAGAAAGAAUCUUGAUCUAUUUCACACAAUACAUAUUAAUCUAACACAUAUUGCAAAUUAAUUCAGCAACAAUAACAUUAUCAGUGUGAGAGUAGGACAUGUUUUGCAAAUUUGCAAAGUGUUUCUAUUAUUCAUUCCUACAGCAUAACUAAUAAUGAGCUCUGAUCCAUAGUGUCACACCAUAAUCAUGAUAAGGUUCUCUGAAACGUUCCAUUCAUUAAAAUAUCUAUGAUGAUAAGUAAUAUGUUUAGGACAAAUAAAGAUUCUUUAUUCACUUGG